GGAGCCGAAAUGCUACGCAGUUCCACGUACAUUCACCAAAAUCGUUUAGCGUUUUACUCUCCUCUUUCACCCGCGACAUAUGGUAUCGCUUCUUCAACAAUAUCAAGAACAGUAGAAAUAUGGCUACUACUUCUUCAGCGAACAGAAACAACUCUGCUGUGAAGCGGAUAAUGCAGGAGGCCCGCGAGCUGGCUAACGACCCUUCAACCGAUUACACUGCUGCGCCACUGGAGGAUGAUAUAUUCGAAUGGCAUUGCACCAUUCGAGGUCCUGUGGGCACCGAGUUCGAGGGCGGGUUAUAUCAUCUCCGGAUUCUUCUUCCCGCUGAAUACCCAUUCCGUCCACCCUCCCUCAUGGUACUCACUCCUAACGGAAGGUUUGAGCUCAACACUAAGAUAUGCAUCAGUUUCACAAAUUAUCAUGAAGAAUUGUGGCAGCCUGCAUGGGGGGUCCGUACAGCUAUUCUUGGUAUCCAUAGCUUCUUUCCGUUGAAGGGUCAAGCUGCGGUGGGCGUUGGAUCUAUCGAGUAUCAUUCUGCGGAGCGGAAGAGGCUUGCGGUGUUAUCACGCGAAUGGACGUGCCCGCACUGUCAGCAAUCCAAUCUAGAGCUUCUCCCGGAUCCCAGCACCAGUGCCGCCUCCCCCGAAACGGAAUCAGAUUCCGCGCCGGAACCUCCUGCAGCGCCCAACGAGCCCUCAACAUCCCCCUCGCUUUCAAGUCAUACCGAGGUUACUGCGUCAAACGUGUCUGAUGACGGCGUUCCUAGGGCUGAUCUAACCCCAGUGACCGUAGUAACUCCACCAAUCCCAAUUCCAAUUCAUGCUGUUGCCGCAGUGCCGCAAACAACAUCUCAUUUCCGACCACCUGUAUUUCUAGAUGCUCUCAUAGGUAUCAUCCUGGCUCUCGUAUUUGCUUUGUUGUUCAAAAGAAUUUUUUAACUUUCUUAUACACCGCAUGUGUAGGACUACAUACAUAUUGGAUAUCUGUUUCCAUCUUCGCAAUAAUAUUUGAAAAGAUCCUCAAACGCCCG